AUGCCGCAGCUGGGGCAUGCGGCAAGGCCUCGCAGUGGCGAGGAGUGCAGCCUUGAGCUGGAUGCGGCCAGCUACAGCAUUGCCUGCGGUGCUCUGGGCGAAGCCUCGCAGUGGCCCCAGGCCGCGGAGGCAUUUCUGGAGCUGGGCUUCAUGCGCAUCCGCUGUGACGCCGUCGCCGCGACUGCAGCCCUGGGUUCCUUGGUGAAGUCGUGGCUCUGGAGACGCAGCCUUUGCUUACUUUGUCGGCUUCCGCGGACCGGUGUGCAGCGGAACACGAUCGCGGUGAAUGCCGCCCUCAGCACCGCUGGCAAGGCAGCGAACUGGCUCACAGCGGUGGGGCUGCUCCUCCAAAUGGAAGUCGAGCUCCUGCAGAAGUCGUCAAUCACAGAUGGAGCCGCUUUGUCCGCCUUCGUCUUUGCUCGAAGCUGGCGCCGAGCCUUGUGCCAGAUGGAGGACAUAAGGCAGCCCAGUGGCUCGGUUGCGAGCCUCGGGCUCACAGCGUUGGCCGCCGCUGGGCGCUGGGCGCAGGCCCUGGCGAUGCUGGUGGAGGUUCUGGCGCUUCGCCUGGAUGUGGAUGUUCGCCUCUUCAACGAAGUCCUCGGCGCCUGUGCUCGCCGGGGCCACUGGGAGGCUGCGCUUGCGGUGCUGGCGAUGUUGCCUACCCGGAGCUUGGCAGGGACCGUGGUCUCUUUCACCGCAGCAAUCGACGCUUGCUCGCUGGCAGGCCAGUGGCAGCAGGCGGCGGCGCUCCUCGAGUCCAUGGCGAAAUCUGAGGCAGAGGCAAACGUCAUCACUUUCAAUGCCCUCAUUGGAGUCUGUGGCCAAGGCGGCGCAUGGAGCCGAGGUCUCGAUCUCCUCAAGGAAAUGCAGGUGGUGGCAGUGCAGCAAGAUCACAUCAGCACCGGUGCCUGUGCUCUGCGAGGGCUGGAAGUUGGCUGGAAGUGUGUCUUCGUGUCCAUGUGGAGCCUUGAGCUCUCGAAUCUGGAAGUUGUGAAGAGCUUACACUUGCACUGGUGCGUUCUCAUUCAGGCGAGAUUGAAGAGGGAGCAGGCAGAGGUGUGGAUCGUGAGAGCUUGCACUGCCAAGGUGAGUGGAGCAGCCCGUGCUUGGAUGUGGGAAGAGGCGACGGAGCUUGUUGCGGCGCUCCCCUCGAAGCAGCUGCGCAGCGUCGUCAUCCACAGUGCUGCCGUUUGCGCCUGUGGUGAUGCCGAGCGAUGGCGACAGGCCUUGCGUUUCGCGGACUGUGACGGUGGUAGUUUGCCGCGGUACGUCGGAUUCAAGCACCGAGAUCGGAAUAAUGGGCUCGACAUGACGGAGGGGACGAAUCCGGUGUCCCUAGACAUGCCGAUGUUCGGCGAUGCUGCAUGGGAGGAGAGGCAUUCGUCUUCGGCGGCCGGCAGCAGCUCAGCAUGCCUUGUAGCGGCACCGGCAGUAGCAGCGACGCAGAUCGAUGCCACCCACAUGGACAUGGACAGUUCGCAGGAAACGAUGCUGGACCCGGAGCCACCAGCAUUGAGAGGAGCCGUCUUCGAGACUCCCCCCCGAAGUCGCCACUUGUCGCUCGAGGAGCUGCGGACCCCUGAAAAGAAGGCUCGACUUCGCGAGACACCGGAGUCGGCGGAGGCGAAGAGCAGCGAGAUUCGAAGAGUCCUGACAUCCUUGGAUUGUUCCCCGGCGGCUUCUUCCGUCGCCUCCGCGGACCCAUACAUGCAUGCAGGUCCGACGGCCGAGACUUCCGUGGACCGCCAGACAGCUGAAAUCCCUCUGGAACAGUUCGAGAACCGAGCCAUCCACGCUCUAGCUGAGCUACCGGAUGAAGCAGGUCACUUCCUGGCUCUCGUCUACCAACUGGGCUUGUGUGAGACCGAACAGAAGGGAGUGCUACUGACGAAGGCAACACUAGCAUCUGCAGUCGACCACAUUGUCGUCGGCUACAAGAACCGCUUUGAUCGUGCCCGCAUGGACGCCAACACGGUCAGGUUGAACAACUGGGUGCGAAGUCAAAUGAUCCCAGAGCGAGCUCAGUGCUCGUCCGUGAUCCUUGAUAUUCCGGAAGAAGCACGUGUACCCUGGCGACCUUUGCUCGUGGACGCGACGAAGCAGACUCGUCGUCGUGGCUUCGUCAAGAAGAGGCCCGCCGCGAUUCUUGCAGAGGCGCCGUGGCUCGACAUGACGGAGGAGACGAAUCCGGUGUCCCUGGACAUGCCGAUGUUCGGCGAUGCUGCAUGGGAGGAGAGGCAUUCGUCUUCGGCGGCCGGCAGCAGCUCAGCAUGCCUUGUAGCGGCACCGGCAGUAGCAGCGACGCAGAUCGAUGCCACCCAGAUGGACAUGGACAGUUCGCAGGAAACGAUGCUGGACCCGGAGCCACCAGCAUUGAGAGGAGCCGUCUUCGAGACUCCCCCCCGAAGUCGCCACUUGUCGCUCGAGGAGCUGCGGACCCCUGAAAAGAAGGUUCGCCUUCGCGAGACACCGGAGUCGGCGGAGGCGAAGAGCAGCGAGAUUCGAAGAGUCCUGACAUCCUUGGAUUGUUCCCCGGCGGCUUCUUCCGUCGCCUCCGCGGACCCAUACAUGCAUGCAGGUCCGACGGCCGAGACUUCCGUGGACCGCCAGACAGCUGAAAUCCCUCUGGAACAGUUCGAGAACCGAGCCAUCCACACUCUAGCUGAGCUACCGGAUGAAGCAGGUCACUUCCUGGCUCUUGUCUACCAACUGGGCUUGUGUGAGACCGAGCAGAAGGGAGUGCUACUGACGAAGGCAACACUAGCAUCUGCAGUCGACCACAUUGUCGUCGGCUACAAGAACCGCUUUGAUCGUGCCCGCAUGGACGCCAACACGGUCAGGUUGAACAACUGGAUGCGAAGUCAAAUGAUCCCAGAGCGAGCUCAGUGCUCGUCCGUGAUCCUUGAUAUUCCGGAAGAAGCACGUGUACCCUGGCGACCUUUGCUCGUGGACGCGACGAAGCAGACUCGUCGUCGUGGCUUCGUCAAGAAGAGGCCCGCCGCGAUUCUUGCAGAGGCGCCGUGGCUCGACAUGACGGAGGAGACGAAUCCGGUGUCCCUGGACAUGCCGAUGUUCGGCGAUGCUGCAUGGGAGGAGAGGCAUUCGUCUUCGGCGGCCGGCAGCAGCUCAGCAUGCCUUGUAGCGGCACCGGCAGUAGCAGCGACGCAGAUCGAUGCCACCCAGAUGGACAUGGGCAGUUCGCAGGAAACGAGCUGCGGACCCCUGAAAAGAAGGUUCGCCUUCGUGAGACCGAAGUCGGCGGAGGCGAAGAGCAGCGAGAUUCGAUUAGCCCUGGCAGCCUUGGCUGCAUCCCCGGAGGCUGCGUCCGUUGCUUCCACGGACCCCUACCUGCAUGCAGAUCCGAGCAAGGCAUCCGUGGACCGCCAGACAGCUGAAAUCCCUCUGGAACAGUUCGAGAACCGAGCCAUCCACGCUCUAGCUGAGCUACCGGAUGAAGCAGGUCACUUCCUGGCUCUUGUCUACCAACUGGGCUUGUGUGAGACCGAACAGAAGGGAGUGCUACUGACGAAGGCAACACUAGCAUCUGCAGUCGACCACAUUGUCGGCGGCUACAAGAACCGCUUUGAUCGUGCCCGCAUGGACGCCAACACGGUCAGGUUGAACAACUGGAUGCGAAGUCAAAUGAUCCCAGAGCGAGCUCAGUGUUCGUCCGUGAUCCUUGAUAUUCCGGAAGAAGCACGUGUACCCUGGCGACCUUUGCUCGUGGACGCGACGAAGCAGACUCGUCGUCGUGGCUUCGUCAAGAAGAGGCCCGCCGCGAUUCUUGCAGAGGGCGACAUGACGGAGGAGACGAAUCCGGUGUCCCUGGACAUGCCGAUGUUCGGCGAUGCUGCAUGGGAGGAGAGGCAUUCGUCUUCGGCGGCCGGCAGCAGCUCAGCAUGCCUUGUAGCGGCACCGGCAGUAGCAGCGACGCAGAUCGAUGCCACCCAGAUGGACAUGGACAGUUCGCAGGAAACGAUGCUGGACCCGGAGCUGCGGACCCCUGAAAAGAAGGUUCGCCUUCGCGAGACACCGGAGUCGGCGGAGGCGAAGAGCAGCGAGAUUCGAAGAGUCCUGACAUCCUUGGAUUGUUCCCCGGCGGCUUCUUCCGUCGCCUCCGCGGACCCAUACAUGCAUGCAGGUCCGACGGCCGAGACUUCCGUGGACCGCCAGACAGCUGAAAUCCCUCUGGAACAGUUCGAGAACCGAGCCAUCCACACUCUAGCUGAGCUACCGGAUGAAGCAGGUCACUUCCUGGCUCUUGUCUACCAACUGGGCUUGUGUGAGACCGAGCAGAAGGGAGUGCUACUGACGAAGGCAACACUAGCAUCUGCAGUCCACAUUGUCGUCGGCUACAAGAACCGCUUUGAUCGUGCCCGCAUGGACGCCAACACGGUCAGGUUGAACAACUGGAUGCGAAGUCAAAUGAUCCCAGAGCGAGCUCAGUGCUCGUCCGUGAUCCUUGAUAUUCCGGAAGAAGCACGUGUACCCUGGCGACCUUUGCUCGUGGACGCGACGAAGCAGACUCGUCGUCGUGGCUUCGUCAAGAAGAGGCCCGCCGCGAUUCUUGCAGAGGCGCCGUGGCUCGACAUGACGGAGGAGACGAAUCCGGUGUCCCUGGACAUGCCGAUGUUCGGCGAUGCUGCAUGGGAGGAGAGGCAUUCGUCUUCGGCGGCCGGCAGCAGCUCAGCAUGCCUUGUAGCGGCACCGGCAGUAGCAGCGACGCAGAUCGAUGCCACCCAGAUGGACAUGGACAGUUCGCAGGAAACGAUGCUGGACCCGGAGCCACCAGCAUUGAGAGGAGCCGUCUUCGAGACUCCCCCCCGAAGUCGCCACUUGUCGCUCGAGGAGCUGCGGACCCCUGAAAAGAAGGUUCGCCUUCGCGAGACACCGGAGUCGGCGGAGGCGAAGAGCAGCGAGAUUCGAAGAGUCCUGACAUCCUUGGAUUGUUCCCCGGCGGCUUCUUCCGUCGCCUCCGCGGACCCAUACAUGCAUGCAGGUCCGACGGCCGAGACUUCCGUGGACCGCCAGACAGCUGAAAUCCCUCUGGAACAGUUCGAGAACCGAGCCAUCCACACUCUAGCUGAGCUACCGGAUGAAGCAGGUCACUUCCUGGCUCUUGUCUACCAACUGGGCUUGUGUGAGACCGAGCAGAAGGGAGUGCUACUGACGAAGGCAACACUAGCAUCUGCAGUCGACCACAUUGUCGUCGGCUACAAGAACCGCUUUGAUCGUGCCCGCAUGGACGCCAACACGGUCAGGUUGAACAACUGGAUGCGAAGUCAAAUGAUCCCAGAGCGAGCUCAGUGCUCGUCCGUGAUCCUUGAUAUUCCGGAAGAAGCACGUGUACCCUGGCGACCUUUGCUCGUGGACGCGACGAAGCAGACUCGUCGUCGUGGCUUCGUCAAGAAGAGGCCCGCCGCGAUUCUUGCAGAGGCGCCGUGGCUCGACAUGACGGAGGAGACGAAUCCGGUGUCCCUGGACAUGCCGAUGUUCGGCGAUGCUGCGUGGGAGGAGAGGCAUUCGUCUUCGGCGGCCGGCAGCAGCUCAGCAUGCCUUGUAGCGGCACCGGCAGUAGCAGCGACGCAGAUCGAUGCCACCCAGAUGGACAUGGACAGUUCGCAGGAAACGAUGCUGGACCCGGAGCCACCAGCAUUGAGAGGAGCCGUCUUCGAGACUCCCCCCCGAAGUCGCCACUUGUCGCUCGAGGAGCUGCGGACCCCUGAAAAGAAGGUUCGCCUUCGUGAGACACCGGAGUCGGCGGAGGCGAAGAGCAGCGAGAUUCGAUCAGCCCUGGCAGCCUUGGCUGCAUCCCCGGAGGCUGCGUCCGUUGCUUCCACGGACCCCUACCUGCAUGCAGAUCCGAGCAAGGCAUCCGUGGACCGCCAGACAGCUGAAAUCCCUCUGGAACAGUUCGAGAACCGAGCCAUCCACGCUCUAGCUGAGCUACCGGAUGAAGCAGGUCACUUCCUGGCUCUCGUCUACCAACUGGGCUUGUGUGAGACCGAACAGAAGGGAGUGCUACUGACGAAGGCAACACUAGCAUCUGCAGUCGACCACAUUGUCGUCGGCUACAAGAACCGCUUUGAUCGUGCCCGCAUGGACGCCAACACGGUCAGGUUGAACAACUGGGUGCGAAGUCAAAUGAUCCCAGAGCGAGCUCAGUGCUCGUCCGUGAUCCUUGAUAUUCCGGAAGAAGCACGUGUACCCUGGCGACCUUUGCUCGUGGACGCGACGAAGCAGACUCGCCCGCCGCGAUUCUUGCAGAGGCGCCGUGUUGCUUUGCAAGCCUUCUUGAUGCCUCGGCAGUAUGAGCACGAACAUGCCCACGACAUCUCUGCAGAGCAGAUCACGCCCAUGCAGCCGUUUUGGCACACUAGAGGGUUCAGGGCUAUAGGAGCUGCUCGACGCGCCAGGGCUCGACAUGACGGAGUGUCCCUGGACCUGCCGAUGUUCGGCGAUGCUGCAUGGGAGGAGAGGCAUUCGUCUUCGGCGGCCGGCAGCAGCUCAGCAUGCCUUGUAGCGGCACCGGCAGUAGCAGCGACGCAGAUCGAUGCCACCCAGAUGGACAUGGACAGUUCGCAGGAAACGAUGCUGGACCCGGAGCCACCAGCAUUGAGAGGAGCCGUCUUCGAGACUCCCCCCCGAAGUCGCCACUUGUCGCUCGAGGAGCUGCGGACCCCUGAAAAGAAGGUUCGCCUUCGCGAGACACCGGAGUCGGCGGAGGCGAAGAGCAGCGAGAUUCGAAGUCCGACGGCCGAGACUUCCGUGGACCGCCAGACAGCUGAAAUCCCUCUGGAACAGUUCGAGAACCGAGCCAUCCACACUCUAGCUGAGCUACCGCAUGAAGCAGGUCACUUCCUGGCUCUUGUCUACCAACUGGGCUUGUGUGAGACCGAGCAGAAGGGAGUGCUACUGACGAAGGCAACACUAGCAUCUGCAGUCGACCACAUUGUCGUCGGCUACAAGAACCGCUUUGAUCGUGCCCGCAUGGACGCCAACACGGUCAGGUCGGUCAGGUUGAACAACUGGAUGCGAAGUCAAAUGAUCCCAGAGCGAGCUCAGUGCUCGUCCGUGAUCCUUGAUAUUCCGGAAGAAGCACGUGUACCCUGGCGACCUUUGCUCGUGGACGCGACGAAGCAGACUCGUCGUCGUGGCUUCGUCAAGAAGAGGCUGGAACGGGGCCCGCCGCGAUUCUUGCAGAGGCGCCGUGUUGCUUUGCAAGCCUUCUUGAUGCCUCGGCAGUAUGAGCACGAACAUGCCCACGACAUCUCUGCAGAGCAGAUCACGACGGAGGCUGCGUCCGUUGCUUCCACGGACCCCUACCUGCAUGCAGAUCCGAGCAAGGCAUCCGUGGACCGCCAGACAGCUGAAAUCCCUCUGGAACAGUUCGAGAACCGAGCCAUCCACGCUCUAGCUGAGCUACCGGAUGAAGCAGGUCACUUCCUGGCUCUUGUCUACCAACUGGGCUUGUGUGAGACCGAACAGAAGGGAGUGCUACUGACGAAGGCAACACUGGCAUCUGCAGUCGACCACAUUGUCGUCGGUUACAAGAACCGCUUUGAUCGUGCCCGCAUGGACGCCAACACGGUCAGGUUGAACAACUGGAUGCGAGGUCAAAUGAUCCCAGAGCGAGCUCAGUGCUCGUCCGUGAUCCUUGAUAUUCCGGAAGAAGCACGUGUACCCUGGCGACCUUUGCUCGUGGACGCGACGAAGCAGACUCGUCGUCGUGGCUUCGUCAAGAAGAGGCCCGCCGCGAUUCUUGCAGAGGCGCCGUGGCUCGACAUGACGGAGGAGACGAAUCCGGUGUCCCUGGACAUGCCGAUGUUCGGCGAUGCUGCAUGGGAGGAGAGGCAUUCGUCUUCGGCGGCCGGCAGCAGCUCAGCAUGCCUUGUAGCGGCACCGGCAGUAGCAGCGACGCAGAUCGAUGCCACCCAGAUGGACAUGGACAGUUCGCAGGAAACGAUGCUGGAGCUGCGGACCCCUGAAAAGAAGGUUCGCCAUCGUGAGACACCGGAGUCGGCGGAGGCGAAGAGCAGCGAGAUUCGAUCAGCCCUGGCAGCCUUGGCUGCAUCCCCGGAGGCUGCGUCCGUUGCUUCCACGGACCCCUACCUGCAUGCAGAUCCGAGCAAGGCAUCCGUGGACCGCCAGACAGCUGAAAUCCCUCUGGAACAGUUCGAGAACCGAGCCAUCCACGCUCUAGCUGAGCUACCGGAUGAAGCAGGUCACUUCCUGGCUCUUGUCUACCAACUGGGCUUGUGUGAGACCGAACAGAAGGGAGUGCUACUGACGAAGGCAACACUAGCAUCUGCAGUCGACCACAUUGUCGUCGGCUACAAGAACCGCUUUGAUCGUGCCCGCAUGGACGCCAACACGGUCAGGUUGAACAACUGGAUGCGAAGUCAAAUGAUCCCAGAGCGAGCUCAGUGCUCGUCCGUGAUCCUUGAUAUUCCGGAAGAAGCACGUGUACCCUGGCGACCUUUGCUCGUGGACGCGACGAAGCAGACUCGUCGUCGUGGCUUCGUCAAGAAGAGGCCCGCCGCGAUUCUUGCAGAGGGCGACAUGACGGAGGAGACGAAUCCGGUGUCCCUGGACAUGCCGAUGUUCGGCGAUGCUGCAUGGGAGGAGAGGCAUUCGUCUUCGGCGGCCGGCAGCAGCUCAGCAUGCCUUGUAGCGGCACCGGCAGUAGCAGCGACGCAGAUCGAUGCCACCCAGAUGGACAUGGACAGUUCGCAGGAAACGAUGCUGGACCCAGAGCCACGAACAUUGAGAGGAGCUGUCUUCGAGACUCCCCCCCGAAGUCGCCACUUGUCGCUCGAGGAGCUGCGGACCCCUGAAAAGAAGUCGGCGGAGGCGAAGAGCAGCGAGAUUCGAUCAGCCCUGGCAGCCUUGGCUGCAUCCCCGGAGGCUGCGUCCGUUGCUUCCACGGACCCCUACCUGCAUGCAGAUCCGAGCAAGGCAUCCGUGGACCGCCAGACAGCUGAAAUCCCUCUGGAACAGUUCGAGAACCGAGCCAUCCACGCUCUAGCUGAGCUACCGGAUGAAGCAGGUCACUUCCUGGCUCUUGUCUACCAACUGGGCUUGUGUGAGACCGAACAGAAGGGAGUGCUACUGACGAAGGCAACACUAGCAUCUGCAGUCGACCACAUUGUCGUCGGCUACAAGAACCGCUUUGAUCGUGCCCGCAUGGACGCCAACACGGUCAGGUUGAACAACUGGAUGCGAAGUCAAAUGAUCCCAGAGCGAGCUCAGUGCUCGUCCGUGAUCCUUGAUAUUCCGGAAGAAGCACGUGUACCCUGGCGACCUUUGCUCGUGGACGCGACGAAGCAGACUCGUCGUCGUGGCUUCGUCAAGAAGAGGCUGGAACGGGGAGUUUGCAGGACAUAG